AUGGCGGGACAGCCAGAGACCACCAUGUCACAGCAGAUCAGAAGCCUCGAGGCUAUACUGAUGGUUGAAAAGCAAAAGGGCUCAUUAACACAGCUAAAUCACCACUUACUGACCUACAAACAUGUUGGAUUUCAGGCUCCUGCGGCAAAGUACAGUCGAGACCUGCUACCCAGUCCCUCACCAAGCAACACUGAUAACCCUGCCGACCUGCAUGACACUCCUGCGUUCCAGCUGCCUCCCAGGGAGGAUCGGGCAGAAGCAAGACAUCACACACUGGGAGUGCACUCACCUCUCUCAGCACACAUCAUGCUGGACUCACUCCUGACAUGCCACAGGUUUUGCAGAUCGGGGGUUGGAUAA